GGGCGGAGGAGAGACUGACGGACUGACACGAAUUCCUCGGCGUUCCUCAGAUUUCUUGAAAUCACGGACCUCCUGCUCGACAAACAUUCAGACCAGCUCCUCUCCUCCGAGCUGAUUUCCGAGCGGAGAAGCUUUCAAAAAUGAUGUUGCGAACUGUCGCUGUGUUCCUUCUGCUGGCCGCGGCUUUCUGUAACGCUCAGGAGCUGCAGAGCAAGAGCAAAGUGUGUGCCAAUGUGUUCUGUGGGGCUGGCAGAGAGUGCGCUGUCAGUGAGAAGGGAGAGCCCAGCUGUCUGUGCAUAGAGAGCUGUAAGCCCCACAAGAGGUCAGUGUGUGGCAGCAAUGGUAAGACGUACAGAAAUCACUGCGAGCUCCACAGAGAUGCCUGUCUGACUGGCCUGAAGAUCCAAGUGGCCCAUGAUGGACACUGCCUGGAGAAGAAAACAGAUCAACCAGCUGCCAGUCCAGUGGUAUGCUAUGCUGCUGAUCGCAAUGAGCUGAGGAGUCGGGUGAUCCAGUGGCUGCAGACUGAGGUUGUCCCAGACGGCUGGUUUGUCCAAGGAUCCAACUUCUCUGACACCCUGUUGAAAUACUUCAAGUCAUAUGACAAUGGUGACUCUCAGAUGGACUCCACAGAACUCCUCAGAUUCAUCCAGCACAACGAGUCAGUCGCGGAGUUGCAGUCUUACGCAGACCAGGAGAGCAACAGGCUGCUCAGGAGCCUGUGUGUCGAUGCCCUCAUUGAACUCUCUGAUGAGAAUGCUGAUUGGAAGCUGAGCUUUGAUGAGUUUCUCAACUGCCUGAAGCCUGGCUUCAAUCCACCAGAGAAGAAAUGUGCCUUGGAGGAUGAGACAUACGAAGAUGGAGCAGAGACCCAGGUGGAGUGUAACCGCUGUGUUUGUGCAUGCGGCAACUGGGUCUGCACAGCUAUGACCUGUACUGACAAAACUGCAGCUGUGGAUGACUCAGCAGAUGCUGGAGCAGAGAUGACAGAGGAGGAGUGGAACCUCCGUGUGGCUGAGCUCAACAAACACCAGGAAACAGCUGAGAAGAUGAAGAGCAGCACAAAGGAUGCCUAAGUAAAGAUGCAGCGAAGGAGAGGAAGCACGCAAUCACCCUUCUUCUAUACUUGAUUUAUCUUGCGGCCGUGUGUUGUUAUUAAACGGACUCGGUCAUGGUUCUCAGCUAUGUUAAUUAUUAUACAUUUUUACAGUGUUUAUAUGUUUGCGUGGAUGUCUAUUAGACUGAGGGGCUAGCAUUGAUUAUUAUAGGAUUCCCUUGUGUUCAGUACUGUCAUUUUUGAUUGUAUUACUGUGUCCCUACACUAGCCCUGGGGCUAUUUUUACUACAAUCCGUAUAUUUUUACAGUUAUUAUAAAAUAAAUUGUCAAGUUGUUACUGUUUUAGAAUAUGGAAGUCACUGUUUGAGAAGGUAGUUAUGUUAGGAACUUGGAGAACCUACCUGAUGAGAAGAGGCAACUGUUGGAGCACAAAGAAAGCUCACUAGUUGACACCUGGUGCAGCAUGUUUCUCCACACCUUCAUAGGAUAGCAGUUUGAUUUGAAAAUGUGGGAUAAGAGGGUAAAGCUACUAGUGAUACUGUUUUUGUUGCAUUUACUGCCACAGUAGGCUACUACUUGAACAGUGCACUUCUCUUUCUUUCUUUCUAGCUUUCUUAGACAUAGUUUAUCACAAGCCUGACAUUUGUUUGUAUCUUAGUGCUAAAGUAAUAAUUUUGUUGCAAAAAAGUUCUGCAAAUUGUUUUUAUGUACAGUGUAUUAUUGGCUUGAGUGGAAACUCACCUUGUUCCCAUGUUAUGCUCAGUCCAGCUCUCUCUUGUGAUUUUUGGUUAAACAUUUCCUUGUCUGUGUCUUAUAUAACUGAGACAAAGGCAUAGCAGCUCAGCUUUCAGUGUGAUGCAGCACAACUGCACCCAGGUGAGGCCUGAUCUGAGCAUAGCAUGGUGAAAUCUGAAACCAAAGUCUUGAUGAAGUGUUUAAAUGAUGUACAAAACUCUCCAGGUAAAACAUUACUCUGGACCCAGCAACAACACUAUACCUGUGCUUUCAAACUCACUCUAACAGAAGGAUUAGCCUCACUGUCAUUUAAAGUAGUUUAGAAACAUCAGUAACUGGGUGCUUAUAAAGCAUGUGUGUGAUUGAGUGUGCUGUUAAAAGCGUGAUGCUGAGAGUAGUUUUGUCUGUCAAAUGUGUUUAUUUGUUUAAAUCCUGUAUCUUAAUUGAGAGGUUUGACAAUAAAAAAUCAGUGCCUUAGACCUGCAAGAUGUAGGUUUCAACCUUUGCCUGCACAUAGGAUAUUAUGCCAUGUGGCAUAGCAAGAAUGAGUUUGCUUUGCUGAUGUUUAGCAGUAAACUAGUGCUUUGUGACUUGUUCCUUGAUAAAUGUCCAUGUGAACGUUGCAUUUUUAGGUUCCAGGUACAGUAAAUCUUUAUAUUCCACUUAAGGUGCAGAGUCUGUAAAGAAUAUGUACGUAUGCCAAUAAAGCCCAUACACC